AUGGCCAGCUCCGACGACCAACAAAGCUCGAUCUCCUCGCUCCUCCGAGAAGCCGACAUACUGAAGGAUCAGCUCAGUAGCUAUCCAGAUACCAACGGCGAUGAGUACCAGACGAAGCUUGGUCUUGCCAUCAAAAAGUACCAGCAGUGCAAGGAUCUGGUCGCGCGAGCGUCUCUGCUGAGUUUAAACGAGUCGCUGGAGGAUCUGGCGACUUCGGAUAUGCGAUGUCUUGCCAUCCCCUUCACCAUCGCGGAACUCAACACGCGGGUCAAAUCGCCGGAUCGGAAGCCUGUCUUGCUGCGUUCGGUGGCGCUCUACAAGAAAUUUAUCUCGCUCUGCGAUGCGUACGAUCUUGUCUCGUCAGCGGAACGGACUGCCGCGGAGAAUGCGGGGACCGGAAAGCCUGUCUCGGUUCUGCCGACGGAUCCUGGAGCUCGUCGAACGGCGAAGAUAGCUCAGUUCAAGGCGGAGAAAGAGCUUAAGGCCAAGAUAGAGUCGCUAGCAAACCAUGCGAGCGCGGACGACGAAGAUUUACGGGAAUUCCACAAGGCAUCACUGAAGCUUGCAAUAAUGCAGACCAUUCAAUCACUGGAAAUGAUUAUGAUGGAGCUCGACAUGUUAGCAAAGGCGCCUCCUCCGUCGUCCGAACCUCGCGCAACACAGGAGGAGGAGGACGAUGCCCGGCGUCGUGGGCGCAAAAACGAUGGAUACAACGAGAAAUUGGAUUCUAUUCCUAGCACAAUAAAGGGAGGGAAUUUGUUGACCAAGGACGGGAAACCACUGCGGCCUUUCGUGUUGCUGGACAAGCGACAACAGCUCAAGGAUGGUGUUUUCGGGUCUGGGCACAAUCUACCCACGAUGACUAUUGAUGAGUACCUCGAAGAAGAGAGGAGACGAGGUGGAAUCAUAGAAGGCGGAGGGGAAAAAUCGGGCGAGCGACCAGAAGUCGAUGAGGAUGACUACGAAGCUGGUGACGCUGCGACCAUGAAAGCCCGUGCCUGGGACGAAUACACAGAACAGAAUCCAAAGGGUUCUGGCAAUACUCUCAACAGAGGCUAA